ACGGUACGCACACAUGGCAACACAUUCACUUCGGGAAAGUGGCAAGUGAAAAACUGCCGCGUCAAAGCAAAACGUGUGCAAUUCCGCUCGAGAUAUUUUGUCAUCUUUCGCCAUUCAGAAUUCCGAUUUCGAAGGUGCUUUCCGCGUGGACUGAUUGCUCGGAUCGGAGCAUCGCAACGGACAUCUUUGCGUCAAGUGCCGGGAAGAGAUACAUUUGUGUGGUCGCUGUGACAACAUGCCCCCAGUUGAGAAACAGGAAGAGGUGGAGAGUAGUACCAUCGACGAUCCAGCCGUCGUCGAUAAGUACAGAGUUGCCGGUGAAAUUGUGAAUCGAACGCUUCUAACGGCGAUUCGAGCAUGUGUUGUCGGUGCGUCAGCCAAAGCGAUUUGCCAGAAGGGUGACAGCAUGUUGCUACAGGAAGCCGAGAAGCAAUACAAAAAUGAGGAAGGUAUGAAGAAAGGUGUCGCCUUCCCGACAUGCCUGUCGGUGAACAACUGCAUCUGUCACUUCUCGCCGUCUCGCAACGAUCCCGACUACGUGCUGAAAGAGAACGAUGUUGUGAAGAUUGACCUCGGAGCGCAUAUCGAUGGGUUCAUUGCAGUAGCGGCUCACACGAUCGUGGUUGGUGCAACACCGGAGUUGAAGUGCAAAGGGAGAGCGGCCGAUGCCGUGCUGGCAGCGUACUACGCCAGCCAAGCUGCGUUGCACCUGCUGAAGGACGGUACUGGCAAUUAUGCGAUCACGGAGGCAGUGCAGAAGAUUGCCUCCGCCUUCGAUUGCAAACCGAUCGAGGGCAUGCUGAGCCACCAACUGAAGCAGUUUCGAAUCGACGGGGAAAAAACCAUUAUCCAGAAUCCAUCGAUUCCGCAAAAGAAGGAGCACGAGAAGUGCCAGAUCGAGAAGUACGAAGUGUACGCCAUGGAUGUGCUGAUCAGCACCGGCCAGGGACUUGGCAAGGAGCUGGAUACAAAAGUGUCCAUCUACAAAAAAACGGAAGAAAAUUACCUGCUCAAGCUGAAAUCAUCCCGUGCGUUCUACGCUGAGGUGAAAAAAAAGUACGGGCCAAUGCCAUUCAAUCUGCGCAAUUUCGAGGAGGAAGCAAAGGCCAAAAUGGGCGUUACCGAGUGUGUAACGCACAAACUGGUGGAACCUUUCCAAGUAUUAUACGAAAAACAUAAUGAAUUCGUUGCUCAGUUCAAAUAUACGGUCCUCAUUUUGCCGAACGGUAUACAAAUUGUUACGGGCUACCCGUUCGAUGCGACAUGCUACGAGAGUGAGCACAGCGUUGAGGACGAGGAGAUGAAGAAGCUGCUCGCCACGGACCUGGUUCUGGCGAACAAACAUAACCCGUUGAUCACUCUUCCCGAUGCUUCAGGACUCGGAAAGGAUAAGAAAAAGCGGCGCAAGAAAAACAAAAACAAGGCUGCAGCUGCUAGCGCCGAUAAGGCGGAAGCGGACAACGAGAGUGGCGAAGAUGAGGACGAUGAUGCCCCAACGAAGGCAUAACAGCAGACCGAUUGACUGUCUUUUCUCAUCGAUUACUCUUUGUACCGGAUAAACACACUUGAUGUCGACUCAAUUAAAGUUUCAUCGAUCGGUGGAAACUCCCUUUGUUUUCUACAACCCAUCAAACAAACUGCCUUCCUUCGCAUGGGAUUGCGAUUGCGGUCGUGAUCGUGUCUUAAAAUAGCCUGUUGGCGCUCUUAGCGCCAUCUCGCGGCGAACGACGUCUGCACGACCUUUCGAAAUCGUGGUUUUCUUUGUGAACAUUUCAAUCCUUUAACUAAGAUCGGAAGUAGUCUGCGUGUAGUAAAUUAUUUACUAUUCCUGCAUUAAGCGUAGUUUCUCUGUAGGGUUUCGAUGUGUCAACCUAAACUUUGCUCUCCUUCGUAAACGUCCGAACUGACCUUGUGUUACUUCAUUCAAUUUUUCAAUGUUGAUGUUUUUUCGUUCACUUUUUAGCCGUUGUAAGCUAGUGUUUUUAAAACAAUCCUUUGUUCGAAGCAUGGAAUGUGCAAGCCCCAACUUUGUCGCCCUACGUAUGUUUACAUUUGUUUACAAUAAACUCUUUAGUACAUUUCGUAAAAAACGCGGUAUGCUUGAUUGGCGAUCGAAAA